AUGUCUGUUCAAAAGAUUUAUGGAGUGGUGGUUGUGGGACUUGGCAUUGCUGGAAAAGUCCGUGUAAGGGACCUUAAAGAAGCGACAUGUGGUUUUAGACUGCAAGGAGUUGUUUCAAGACGUCCAGUCCAGAUAGAAGGAGUGACAGCAUUCAGCCUUGAAGAAGCCCUGAACAGCCCAAGUGUAGAUGCACUAAUUAUUUGUGCUGAGAAUGCUUUGCAUGAGGACUAUGUGAGAAAAGGUCUCGAGAGUGGCAAGCAUGUUCUUGUUGAAUACCCAGUGGCCCUGUCUUCACAAGCUGCCAGGAGCUUAUAUGAGCUAGCCGAUGAAAAAAGGCUAGUGCUACAUGAGGAAGAUAUCGCACUGCUGACUGAAAGUUUCAAUGUCUUGAAAGCAAAAGCUGAAAAAGUGGAGCUGAAAGCAGCAGAUUACACUGUCAAAGGGUCUUACAAUGGGUGGAUCGAAGACUUUGACAAAUCUGGAUUGCCCUUUAUAACUGGAAUCUCCGGCAUUCAGACUAUGCUGGCCCUCUUUGGGGAUUUGACCGUUGUUGGGGCAAGGCUGGACAAAAGGGAGGAUGGAUUUGUUGCACAUGCUGACCUGAAAACUAAAAAUGGAAAGCCUAUCAGUAUGACCUUUGAAAGGACAAAAACUAAGGAAGCCAGAAGGGAGAAGAAAGCCAUUUAUGAAUUUGAAGAUGGAGACAUCAUAGAUGCAGACAAAAUACCAAACUCACCACAGUCAAAACCAGGUUUAUUCAUGCAAGAUCUUCACCUCUUUUACGCUGAUGUUCAAAAUGGAAAGAUCUCGGAUAAUGCUAAACACUUAUCUGUCCGUAGCCUAGAAAUCGCUGAAAAGAUCCAUUCUUUCUUCUAA